GGCACACGCCCUCUACGUCACCGAGCUGAAGCCUCAAAGUGUAGACGCUCAACUUUCCUGCCUUCACUUCGUCCUCUGGCUCUGUGCUGUCACUUCACUCGGUCCACGGCUGCGGAGGCGCUCUGCAGCAGGGGAAACAUGUUCAGUAACUCAGCACGGAAUAUUUCGCAACUCGUCUACUGACUCACCGCUCACAGCCCUUUACCACAGGUAAACCCACCUGGGUGGUUGUUCUUCACGACUCGCCUCUAAAAUGGCCCAACAGAAUCACACCUGUCAUUACAAUGAGUCCAUGGGCUUUUUCUACAACAAUAGCGGCGCUGAUGACAAAUGGGACAAAACCCAGCUCAUCCUGGUGCAGGUGGUGGGCUCUCUCUUCUGCUGCUUCAUCCUAGUCUCCAAUGCCAUGGUCAUAGCUGCUGUCAUCACCAACAAGAGGUUCCACUACCCUUUUUACUAUCUCCUAGCCAACCUCGCCGCCUCGGACUUCCUGGCAGGCAUAGCGUAUGUUUACUUGAUGUUUAACACGGGUGAGGUGUCACGGAAACUUACAGUCAAAGGAUACUUCAUCCGCCAAGGUCUUCUGGACAUCAGUCUCUCAGCCUCGCUGGCUAACCUGCUGGUGAUAGCUCUGGAGCGCUACAUCUCCGUCAUGAACUGGAAAGUCCAUAGCAACCUGACGAAGAGGAGAGUGACCCUGCUGAUUGUGCUGGUGUGGGCUAUCUCCAUCUUCAUGGGGGCCGUGCCAAGUCUGGGCUGGAACUGCAUCUGCAACCUGAGCGACUGCUCCCAGCUGGCUCCCCUCUUCAGCAGGAGCUACCUGAUCUUCUGGUCUGUGUCUAACCUGGUGGUGUUCCUGGUGAUGGUGGUGAUCUACAUGAGGAUCUACACCUAUGUGAAGAGGAAGACGGCGGUGCUCACGCCACACACCAGCGGCUCCAUUAACCGCAAGAGGACGCCCAUCAAGCUCAUCAAGACGGUCAUGGUUGUGCUCGGGGCCUUUGUGAUCUGCUGGACUCCUGGCCUGGUGGUUCUGCUGCUGGAUGGCCUCCACUGUACAAGUUGUAAAGUCAUGAAACUAAAACGCUGGCUGCUGCUCCUGGCUGUACUCAACUCGGUCAUGAACCCGUGCAUCUACUCCUACAAGGACGAGGAAAUGUGGACAACCUUCAAGAACCUUUUGCGCUGCAUCGGUAAUGGCACGCGGCGACAGCGGUCGACGAAGGCCAACUCCAGGCCGCUCAGCUCUGCUCAGGAUACAGGCAACAGUCAGCCUCCCUCGGAGGAGACAAAAAAUGACGACCAGGGCAUACUCAAGACCUGAAAAUGGAAGUUGUUAAGAAUUAUCCAGAACUUCUGUUCAGCUCUGACUGGACGUACCUUAUGAAGACACAGAUUGGAGCUGACUUGAAAGAGAAACUACACCAGUUGGUCUCAGGGGGUCGUUGUUGUCCUCAGAUCACAAGUACUUUCCUGAAGAGACACUGCAGGCUGGCUGCUCCAGUGUAGAGCUGGUGACAAGGAGAUAAGAAGAGACCUUGAUGCACUUCUAAUUCCACAAAAGGAUGCAAAGAUGUGUUUUUUUCAGGGUUUUACUGUUUUGGACACAAUACUUCCAUUCAUGUGUAAUGGGAGAUUCUCGUAGCUGUUUCAUCCUGCUCUUUUUGUCUUCCUCAUCACAUCCCUGUGGGUUAUUUAAACUUAGAAACUUCUCCAUUGUAAUGGCUGAAGAAAGAAACCAGUAUGAAGUACACAGCAGUACAUUUCUAUUUUUACCUCUAAAAAGGGUAAAAAUCAUGCAAAGGGUGAACUUAACGUCCCCACUAAUAUAGAUUUGUGUACAUCUGAUUGUCUUCAGGUUUACUUCCUGUGUAGCUUUUGAGGAAGCUGUCGUGGAUGAUCCAGUGAAGACGUGUAGCCUGUUUGUAGUCAAGUACUAUAAAACUAAAGGUUUGCUUGUGGAGGGCUCAGUCUUAUAGAUUAUUUCUUGUUUUUAAACACAGCUAGUGUGCUGCUGUAUGUAUCUUCUUGUACAUCCUGUAAAAAUGCUUUCAGGAAGAGGUGAAGUAAUUUCAGCUGCGUGACAGCCAGCCUGCACAGCAUGGUCUUGAUGUUUCGGCCAUCAUUUGCAAAAUUAAGGUUUUAAAAUCACACCCUGCUUUCUUUUGAGAAGCAGGUUUGCCAGUGGGGAACAGAUAACAGAGUCUCUCCUUUCUUGUUCCCUCUGUCAUCUUUUAUCAGUUCUGAAAGUCUGCCUCACCUCACGGAGGCAAACUUGUUCUCCCUGUAGCAUCUGCCCCAACUCACUGAGUGGCUGCUGUUGCUCUGACAAAACAGCUGCUCACCUGACAGGGCAGGGGUUGUAAAAUGGUGUUUCGACACACUGGAUUCCUGCCGGAGUUUCAGCAUACCAUGUGUGCCUGCAUGAACCGAAGAGGAUAUGACUGAAUAGACUAACUACCCCUCCCACAUACACACACAAGUCCCUCUCUCCCUCGACUGCUCUGACGCUUCCAUUGCUAAAUCAUUGACAGGGUUCAAAUGACUCUUCUUCAGCCUGCUGUAUAGUAUUUAUGCCACUCCUGCUGUAAAAGACACGACACCAUUGAAGCUAUUUCAUUUUUAUCCUGGGAGUGUAGGAAAGCCACAUGCGAGAGUGGUGAUUGGAAAGGUUUACAGCUGAAAUGGUGGUGUUUGUUUAUCACACUGAGAUUAUUCAUGUUCAUUCCUAUGUCCUGUGACUUCCAAACAGGACAUUUAAAAUCAUAAAAAUUCAUUUUGUAAAGUAACACAUUUUUUGGAAUUGUUAUGUUUUUUUAAUGUCGAACAUCAAACUUGACAACCUGUAUAAUAA